CGGCCGAGGCGGCGGCGGACGCCGGAAGCGGGCGGGAGGGCGGGAGGCGCGGCGAUGGAGGCGCCUUCGGUGCCGGCCGCCUCGACGUCGGGCGCGGCGGGGCGCGGGCCCAUCAAGGGCAUCCUGAAGAAGGGCGGCGGCAAGCUGUCGGGGGGGGGGAGCGGCCCCGGGGCGCGGCGGGCCAGCCCGGCCCGCGACGAGGACGAGCACGGUAAAAAAUCCCAGAAGUGGGAUGAAAUGAACAUCAUAGCUACAUACCACCCAGCAGGCAAAGAUUAUGGCUUGAUGAAAAUAGAUGAGCCAAGUACUCCUUAUCACAGCAUGGUAGGAGACGAUGAUGAGGAUGCAGUGAGUGAUUCAGAAUCAAAUGAGCCCUUAAAAGCAGAUGUGUUGAGUAAAAAACUGGCAGCUGCAGCUGAAGGUAAAGGACCCAAGAUCAUAGCAAAGCAAGAGGAAAGCAGUGAGGAGGAGGAAGAGGAUGAAGAAUUAACACCUGAAGAACGAGAGAAAAAGAAACAGUUUGAAAUGAAGAGAAAAAUGCACUACAAUGAAGGACGAAACAUCAAACUGGCAAGACAGCUCAUUGCAAAGGAACUACAUGGUGAAGAAGAGGAUGACGAGGAUGAGGAUGAAGAGAUGCAUGAUGCUGCAGAUGUAGAAACAAUGAAUACAGAAGCUACUGAACAUGGGGAAAGGAGGGCUCCAAUAGGCAACCUUAUGACCUUUCUCCAUGGCUUGAAGCUGCCAUCUCUCUGCACUCUGCUGUAAAACAGAGGCAACUCCGCUCCCCAGCUGCAUUCGCCAGUGGAAAGAAGGCACACCUUUGCAGCAUUUUUCCAUCUCUAUUGUUGAAGUCCAUUCCACCUUGCCUCAUAACCAGCUUCAGAGCCACAACUGACUGAGAUUUCUUGCUGAUUGAAAUGAAGAUGGCCAGUCCAGUCAGUAAUGCACAUGCUACUCGUGACCAGCUGGAAAGUAGAGCACACAGCAUAGAAGAAAUCUGUCCAGAACUGUAACUGCUUGUCAAAGUCACAAAUAUAAACAUCGCUUCAUGAUUUUUGCAAUUAAGGCUCUUAAAUAUUGAGAAGCAUAUCAGUUACAAUGUUGUAUUGCCAAGAAUGUUAAUUUUAGACUUGUCCAUUAGGCAGAAAAAACUGUCUAAUUGACUUAUUCUUGUGCCUAGUAUUUCAUGGAGAAUACUGCUUCAUAAUCUGUUCAACCAGAAUGGCAUUCCCUGUAUGUGUAACACUGAUUAUCUUGCGUAAUAUACUGUUACUCUUCAUGCUUCGAAACAGACAGUAUCUUUUGGUUUUUCACUAUUUAUUUGACAGUGUUCUAGGUCUGGUAUCUGUUAUGGAAAGGUUUGGGAUUUAAGAGCCAAACGGUACAGCAUACAUCAGAUUGACAUGCAAGCUAUUUAUCAGAUGUGUUGAGCAGCUUAAAAAGGGAUUAUUUAAGUCUUACAACUUCUUUGUAAAGUGUUGACCUGUUAAUCUAGAUUUCAGUACGUUAUUACCUGUACUUCCCCAGUCUUUAGAAGAGCUGUAUUAUUUUUUAAGAGUGGUGUUCGGAAUCAGUUGUUAGUUUCUGACUAAGGCAAUACUAACAUCUGGUGGAGGGAAUGUUUUUACACUGGAAAUGUGUUAACUUGAACUUUGCAUUUAACUGUCAUUAUCUCUUCCAUUGGGACUGGAUGUUUUGUGGAGCUCUCUUUUGACUUAUCAUGAGAACAUGGAAGUUCCCUCCAACUUUUCUCUUAAAACCACAUCCACUGUCACUCUUCCAGCUCUUGUUUCAAACUUUUGGUCCUUUCCAGUUGCAUGAAGAGUGCUUGUGCUACUAGCACUUGAGGAAAAAUGCCCAACCAUGAGCAAAUCCACAUCAGGACUGUGAAGAUGAGCUGAGUUUAGGCUCUGGCUGUUCUUUAUGUAAAGAUAACUGCUGAUGAUCUCCUACUCAUUUGGGGUUGGCAACCUGCGUACUGAAAACCACUGGUCUAGAUCUUGCUGUACCCAUUGCAACUUACAGCAGCUGCUUUUGUAAAAUGAAGGCUGUUUGGAAGAAUAGAAGGGAAACUGCCUAAUUCAAAUACUUGUUUACAGUGUGGUUGUACAGCCCCUGUAAAGAGGGAUUCUGAACCUCCAAAUUGCUGUAAACAGCUUCCCAUUUGGUGGAAUUUGACUGGUAAAUGUUCCAGUAUUCAGAGUAGUUCCUGGGUUUUAUUACACAAAUGAAGUAUACACUUAAGCUUUAGCUUGGUUAUGGAAUACAGUGUAUAUCUUAAUUUUGAUCUGAAUUUGAUAUGUUGCAAAAAUCCAUAUAAUUAUAUGGAUCUAUUUUAAAAUGUCUUUUUGUCCACUGUAUAUGUGAAGUUUGAAUAAAGGAAUGAAAGUUAUUUUACAGUUAUAUGCAUUCUCAAGUGUGAGCUUUCAUGAAAUCCCAGAGAGACUCAGAGUGAAUAAAGCAGUAAGAUGCUGUCCUUUGAGAGAUUUAUACAGAAAUAAUUCAUUAGAAUGGAUGCAUCGCCAAAGAUACCUGUGAAUUGUGCUAAUUGGGUGUUGUAGUGUGCCUUUCCCAACUAUCUCUUCCCCUUAGGAGGUAACGGGGUUGUUAGUUGUGGGAUAUUUAGUCUUCUAAGGGCCUGAAUCAAGUUUAAUAGCAUCUUUUCACAAGAAAGAGUUGAACUCUUCAUUCAGUCCAGUGUGGUGAUGCUAAUUUUUCAAUAUGGAGAACGCUAUUUCUUCUUGUAUCAAACAUGGUCACUUCUGUAGAAUAAACAGGGGCAAAGAGUAAGCAUUUAGAUACUUCUGACUCCUGAAGUCACUUACUGUAGCUUUAAAUUUGGCUCCCAAGAAUAGGACGUCAAAACUUAAAAGUUUGCACCCUUUAUAUACCAGCUUGCAGUGUUCAGACUGUUGGAAUGUCUGCACCAACCUGUAUUUCAAAGUGACCAGCUGAUGAUCUGGUCUGCCCCAGCUAGGACAGUUAAUUCCUACUGAGAGAGUGGCAGCACUCAGCAAUCAGACUGGAGCACAAAUGGGUCAAGAUUUGGCCAAUGUGUAUGGGUAAUGCAGAUGUCUUCUGCGAUGCUGUAAAACAGAUUACUUGCACUUUGUGAUGAGUACAAGUGGGUACUUUGUACCUGCAAUUAAGGCAGAAUCCAUCAGAUGCAGCUCUUAUAUGAGCUAGUGUCCUGCCUGCCUGCCUUCCCCCCGCCCUCCCUGCCAUGUUCUGUGUCGAAGACCUCAUUUUCAUUUUGGUGCUCAGCAGGGGUAUUUUGUACCCUACAAUGCCUACAAAGCAUUUUGUUUAACAAAAAAAACCCAAACCUUUGCUAACUUCCAGUAAAGACCUUCCCUGUAAUGGCUUCCAAAAUCCUGGAUGAAAUGGAUAUGUAGUUUUGAGGGAGGUACAGUAUAUGUAGAUCCAUGAAGAUGGUUUUAAAUGAACCUUGGAAUGUACAGUAGGUCCCUUCAUUAGUCGGAUGAUUUUGAGCUGUCUGGGUGAUCCCACCUUUUCCGUGCCACCAAGCUCCCAAGUUUUAGUUAGAUGCCAUUUUGGAACUUGUAUUUGGUUUAGUUGUGGGUUUUAUUAAAGGCUUUGUUCUCUUCUUCAUUCUCUUCAGUGCUAGCAAAAAUUCUGUUUGUGCUGCUUCACCUCACUCACUUGGGGUGCAACCUGAUGUACCUGACGCUGCUUUUAACUGAAAGGCUGGUUUACUUGAUUUUAUCCAGGCUUACACCUUCAUGCAUUUUAAAAGCUAAAAUAGGCAAGCUGACUUUGCAGUAACUACAGAUACUCUGUAUGGCUUUUUUUUACAAAGGGAUGUCUGAUUUCCUUCUAUUCUGGAAUAGCAAUUAUAGUUCCCUGCUGAAUGUGGACAAGAGAAGAAAUGCCUUUUCUCGUUUUACAUUUGAUGGGGACUUAGCUUGCAUGCAUGUCUUAAUCAUGAGCUGCAUAUGGUAAACGCUCAUCGUACAGUAAAGAGUGGUGUAAAGAGAAAACAAAAGACAUGCAGCCCUUACUAAUGUGGACAUUGAGCUCCACAGCGUCAUCAUUGUGAAGCUUCUUGCACAGGUUUAAGUCCUCAAGCUGUACCCUGUUUAGAGAAAAUAUUUUCAAUAUGCUUCCAAUAGGAAGAUCACUUGCAAAUAAGAGCCUUAACUCCAUCUUUAUAAAGUUUUUUUCUGUUCUUAGAGUUUCUUUCACACCGAGUUGUACACAGUUCAUGGAAACAGCAAAUAUUUUUUCCCACAGCUUGCUCUCUCACGUUAAACUUGUGUAUCUUACCAGAACUCUCUGUUUCUGUAACAUGCUUUUUGUGGUGUUUAUUAUGAUACCACCUCACAAAUGUAAUUAUUCUGUUUGAAACCAGUGUUAAGUGUCACAACGUAAAUAAAAACAUUGUUUUCAUUAGUGCCUUAUGGCACUAAUACUAGA